AUGGAAUUCGUUCAAGUGGAAGUUCCAUAUGAAACUGUUGUCAAAAAAUUAAAUGAAGAUUUAAUUGAACAUUCUUCAUCCCUUGGUUUGCACGGUGACCGAUUCGAAUGUGGAGAAUUUUCUUCAAUUGUUAACAUCUCCGUCAAGGACAUUAAACAAGAACUAGAUGAAAUAAAUUCCACACCUACCUGCAAGCCACGUGAUCGCGAAGACAUUCAAUACAUUUAUAAAGCCCAGUUUGAAGAAGCAGCAAUGAGUUAUGACUGGAAUGAAAAAAAUCGGACAACGGCUGUUGUGAUAUCGUUACAAGGAUCAGCGGCAGAAAUUGCGUUGAAUUUACGUUACGGUGAAGAGCAUAUGAAGCAAAUAUUCCCAGUUGCGAAAUCGGAUGCUGCGAUCUCGAAAGUCGAUACAUCAAAAGAUGCUUCUAGAACAAGGAUUAUGGUGUGCCAAAAUUCUGGAAUUGUGAAGAAAGAGGAUAUCUACGACGAGAUUGUAAACAACGCCCUAGAGGCAUUUAUUGUCGUCCUUGUUCAGCAACAUGGCACAAACGCCGUUGUCUUGAGUCUUACAUUCCAGUCAGCAAGGCAAUCAUCAAUAACUGACAUAAAGCUGCGCCAGAUUUGUGAAAAAUUUUCGGGUCAAAAAAUGGUUCUAGAGCAUAAAGAUCAGGAUUAUAGUGCGCCAAAAUGCUGGAAUAGAAGAGAAAAAAAAUCUACGAAAUUUUAA